AGGGGACAGCCGUCCAGGCAAGCUCCCUCCCGGCCAAGAGAGGAAACCAGAGGCCGGGGAAGAGGAGGAGGAGGAGAGCCGGCCGCCCCUUCCCUAAUAAAGCCCCCGGGGCUUGGCCUCUUGCUCCCGGCCCUAUAAAGACCCAAGGCUCCCUUGCUCCUCUUUGGCCUCAGAGAAGAAGGACGUUUGGGAAAGAGGCAACGAAGAAGAGCCUUCCUCCUUCCUUUAAUCGGGCGAAAAGGAGGAGGAGGAGGAUGCCCCGAGUCGACGCAGACCUCAAGCUGGACUUUAAAGAUGUCCUGCUCAGACCUAAACGGAGCAGCCUCAAAAGCAGAGCCGAGGUUGACCUUAUGCGUAUCUUCACAUUCCGUAACUCUAAGCAAACAUACACUGGGAUCCCCAUUAUUGUAGCAAAUAUGGACACUGUGGGCACUUUUGAAAUGGCACAGGUUAUGACUAAAUAUGCAAUGUUCACAGCAAUACACAAACAUUACUCUCUAGAACAGUGGAAGUUGUUUGCAAGCAAUCAUCCAGAAUGCCUAGAGCAUGUAGCAGUGAGCUCAGGCAGUGGAAUUGCUGACUUCGAGAGGCUGACAAAUAUAGUAGAGGCCAUUCCACUUAUCAAAUACAUUUGCCUUGAUGUGGCCAAUGGUUAUUCAGAACACUUUGUGGAAUUUGUGAAAGCUGUCCAUGCCAGAUUUCCCAAGCACACCAUCAUGGCAGGUAAUGUGGUAACAGGAGAAAUGGUGGAAGAACUACUACUGGCUGGAGCAGACAUUAUCAAAGUGGGAAUUGGGCCAGGAUCUGUGUGUACCACUCGGAUAAAAACUGGUGUGGGCUAUCCACAGCUAAGUGCGGUGAUUGAAUGUGCAGAUUCUGCCCAUGGACUGAAUGGGCAUAUUAUCUCAGAUGGGGGGUGUAGCUGUCCAGGAGAUGUUGCCAAAGCUUUUGGAGCUGGUGCUGAUUUUGUGAUGCUUGGGGGCAUGUUUGCAGGGCAUGAUCAAUGUGCAGGGGAGGUCAUUGAAAAAAAUGGCAAAAAAAUGAAGCUCUUCUAUGGGAUGAGUUCUGACACAGCUAUGAAGAAACAUGCAGGAGGCGUUGCAGAAUACAGAGCUUCAGAGGGCAAAACAGUGGAAGUGCCUUACAAAGGGGAUGUGGAAGACACCAUCCGUGAUAUCCUGGGUGGACUGCGAUCUACUUGUACCUACGUGGGAGCUGCCAAGCUUAAAGAGCUUAGUCGAAGGACAACUUUUAUUCGGGUCACUCAGCAGCACAGUCAAGUCUUCUCUUAAGCCAAAGAGGAAAAUACACUGAACUCUGAUCCAUGCUGGCUUUUCCUCCUCCUCCUUCUUCUUUCAGGGUUUUGUUUUUGCAUUUUUUGCAAUACAACUUCCUGCUGGCCUACUCCAGACUAAGAAAGCGGGGUAAUGGACAUCAUUAUUUAUUGUAGUGGUGGGGUGAAGCAUCAGGUGGACAAGUCAUAAACUGCAGCUGUGUUCAUAAUCAUUUUUAUUCAAAAUACAAGGACACUUGUCUUCUGGUGCUCUUGCCUAUUUAAAUGAGAAAUCUAGUUUCAUCUUUUAAUGGUAACCAUGAAAGUCUCUCAGUUCUACAUUGGUAUGAUUAUCUGUCUGUUGGGAUAAUUCUUGUUACCAGUAUAAGCAAAUCUACCCAAGUUUUGACAUUCACAUGCCCCGGUUUCUGCUGUUCUUGCAACAUGGCAUGGUACUCAGAAGAACAGGAGGCCAACUUUGGAAAACUAGCUGUUGCUGCAGGGAUGUUGCCCAGCAUGCCAGACUUGGACCAGCUCUUCUAGAAUGAAAAUAUGCUGCUUUAUUUUCACUGUGACAUUAAGUACUUGAUUUGUAAAAUUGUGUGCUUAAAUACGAAUGUUCUGAAAACUGUUGAUUAAACAGUUGUCUUCAUUUUAUUGUAA